AUGUGCUGUUUCUUGCAGAAUGAUGCGGAUAAGUUGUAUACGAGGCUUGUUCACUUGAAAUCAACAAACCAUACACAACAAAGGUUUGGGCGUGUGGGCUUUUUGGGACUUUGUGGACGCAAAGUUGAUCUUGUAGAGCACUAUGGAAAGAAGCUAGAGGAUCUAGAAGAUAAUGUGAGGCUGGAACAAUCUUCGAUUGCCGGAAAGGAGGUUUCGGCCGCCUUUGUGUCCUUCAAGUCACGAUUUGGUGCUGCAAUAGCUUUGCAUUUCCAACAAGGGGUCAAUCCUACAGAGUGGGUUAUCGAGCCAGCUCCUGAGCCCCAUGAUGUAUACUGGACCUUCUUUUCUGCAUCAUUCAUGAAAAGAUGGAUUUGCAGCCUCGUGGUUAUUGUUGCAUGUAUGGGUCUUACAUUACUUUUCUUUAUUCCUGUUGUCAUAGUGCAAGGUCUUACUCAUCUGGACCAGUUGGAGAUCUGGUUCCCUUUUCUGAAAGGCAUACUGAACAUAGCAGUUGUCAGUCAGGUGAUCACAGGAUAUUUUCCCAGUCUUAUUCUUCAGACGUUUCUAUAUUUUGUUCCACCCAUCAUGAUAAUUUUGUCCUCCAUUCAAGGGUAUAUUGCACAGAGUCAGAUAACAAAAAGUGCCUGUAUUAAGGUACUCUGGUUUACUGUAUGGAACAUUUUCUUUGCAAAUGUGCUUUCGGGAUCAGCUCUAUAUAGGGUUAAUGUCUUUUUGGAGCCCAAGAAGAUUCCUGGUGUAUUAGCUUUAGCCGUUCCAGGACAGGCCUCAUUCUUUAUUUCAUACGUGGUGACAUCUGGAUGGACCAGCUCUGCUUCGGGGCUCCUUCAAAUGGGUCCUCUCACUUGCAAUUUUAUUAAAACAACAUUUUCUAGGAAAUUUGAUGCUGAUUUUGAAGUUCCUUCAAUUCCUUAUCACGGUGAAAUUCCGAGGAUCCUCUUGUUUGGACUUCUUGGUAUAACCUACUUUUUCCUUGCACCGAUGAUAUUGCCAUUUCUCUUGGUUUACUACUGUCUAGGAUACAUCGUCUACCGCAAUCAGGCCUACUCUUAUCUUGAAUUGAAUUGGGCAAAUUUCUGA